UCCAUAAUCACUUUUUUUUAUUUAAUUUUUUUCUCAUUCUCCUUUUUUUCCAACUUUUUCUUCCAACAAUCUCAUCAAUUCAUUUAUUUAUUAUCUCAUUCUCCAACACAAACUAUAGGUGGAGGAUGCUACUACUCUCAUAGGGUGGCUCUUUUUGUCCACUCUCAUAUUCAAAUGCUACUUCUAAGUUCUACUAAUACUACCUCAAAGUGCUUAUAUAUAUAAGCACUUGUGCUAAAUUGUUUCCAACUCAAUUGCUACUACUAAGUUUUCUACCUUACCAAUGGCUAUCUUCAUUGCAAUUCUUGGUUUCUUCUUUGUGUUCUGUUUUUUCUCUGCUCUUCUCAAAUGGAAUCAAGUUAGAUACAGAAGAAAAGGUUUGCCUCAAGGAACAAUGGGGUGGCCUGUUUUUGGAGAAACUACUGAGUUUCUUAAACAAGGUCCUAACUUCAUGAAAAAUCAAAGGUCAAGGUAUGGAAAUAUUUUCAAAUCACAUAUAUUAGGGUGUCCUACAAUUGUAUCAAUGGAUGCAGAACUAAAUAGAUACAUAUUGAUGAAUGAAGCAAAAGGGUUUGUUCCAGGAUACCCUCAAUCCAUGUUAGAUAUCUUAGGAAAAUGUAACAUUGCAGCUGUUCAUGGCUCCACUCACAAGUACAUGAGAGGGACAUUGCUUUCAAUCAUUAGCCCCACCUUGAUUAGAAAUCAGCUUUUACCUAAAAUUGAUCAGUUCAUGAGAACUCACUUGAAUCAUUGGGAAAACAAAGUUAUCAAUAUUCAAGACAAAACCAAACAGAUGGCAUUUCUGUCAUCGUUGAAGCAGAUUGCUGGUAUGGAAACAAGCUCAAUUUCUCAGCCUUUCAUGACAGAGUUCUUUAAGCUUGUUUUAGGAACUCUGUCUCUCCCUCUUAACCUUCCGGGCACAAACUAUCACCGCGGAUUACAGGCAAGGAAAAGCAUAAUUAGCAUUUUGAGUAACCUACUAAAGGAAAGGAGAGAAUCAAAAGAGAACUAUGAAGACAUGCUUAGUUGUUUGAUGAGAGGAGAUAAUGAUAAUAGAUGCAAACUUAAUGAUGAGGAGCUUAUUGAUCUAAUCAUUACAAUUAUGUAUUCUGGUUAUGAAACUAUUUCAACCACUUCAAUGAUGGCUGUAAAGUACCUUCAUGAUCAUCCUAAUGUUCUUGAAGAAAUGAGAAAAGAGCAUUUUGCUAUUAGAGAAAGGAAAAAGCCAGAAGAUCCUAUUGAUUGUAAUGAUCUCAAGUCAAUGAGGUUUACUCGCGCUGUGAUUUUUGAGACCUCGAGAUUAGCUACAAUAGUUAAUGGAGUUCUGAGAAAAACAACUCAUGACAUGGAAUUAAAUGGUUAUUUGGUACCUAAAGGGUGGAGGAUAUAUGUAUAUACUAGAGAGAUAAACUAUGACCCUUUUCUAUAUCAUGAUCCACUAACAUUUAACCCUUGGAGAUGGCUGGGUAAUAGUCUAGAGUCAAAAAGUCACUUCUUGAUAUUUGGAGGAGGAACUAGACAAUGUCCAGGAAAAGAAUUGGGCAUAGCCGAAAUUUCGACUUUCUUACACUACUUUGUAACUAGAUACAGAUGGGAAGAAGUAGGAGGAGAUAAACUAAUGAAAUUUCCUAGAGUUGUGGCACCAAAUGGAUUACACAUAAGAGUCUCAUCUUAUUAACUAGAAUUUUGUAUAGAUAAUACAUCAUCAUCACAUAGUAGUAGCAUAGGUUUUUGUUUUGUAUGAUAAUUAAUUAAUGUUCUAACAAAUUAGAAAAUCAUCAAUGAAAUUAGUACUAGCUUAGUAUUGUUUUGGUAGCA